CUCCUCCACUGUUCAGUCUUCCCACUCCCUGAUCUCAGUGAAGCACUGUCACGGAUAGAGAAGCUGGUCGGCAUUUAUUAAUUACUUUUUUUAUUAUUAGAUAUUAGAGUCGAUCGCGUGCAAAGGCCGGCAUACGAGUGAGAGGCGAUGGCGGGAGGCCGGCCUGGCCGUCCGGCGACGGGCAUCCGUGUGGUGUUCAGCUACCGGGUGUUCGUGUCGGCGAUGCUCACCCUCCUCUUCCUGGCGGCCCUCUCGGUGCUGCUUUCCGCCAACCCCUCGUCCUCCGCCGCCACCUCCGCCUCCUCGGACUCCACCGUUGCCGGCGAUCCCUCCGCCGCAGGCGCCUACCUCCGCCCCUACCUCAGCCGCACAUUCCUCUCCGUCAAGUCCGACCCCCUCCGCAUCCGCCUCGACCUCCUUCUCCGCCAGGCCGCCGACCACUCCGCCCUCAUCCACACCUACGCCGCCUACGCCCGCCGCCUCAAGCUCGACAACUCCCGCCAGCUCCGCGUCUUUGAGGGCCUCGCCGCCUCCCUCUCCUCCCUCGCCGCCCGCCUCAAUUCCGGCCUCCCCUCCGAUGAGGACUCCCUCCGCCCCCUCGAGAAGGAGGCCAAGGACCGGAUCAAGCUCGCCCGCGCCCUCAUCUCCGAAUCCAAGGAGUCCUUCGACACGCAGCUCAAGGUCCAGAAGCUCCGCGACACCAUCUUCGCCGUCCACGAGCAGCUCCACCGCGCCAAGAAGCUUGGCGCCCUCACCAACCGCAUCGCCGCUGGAUCCACCCCCAAGAGCCUCCACUGCCUCGCCAUGCGCCUCAUGGAGGACCGCAUCGCCCACCCGGACUCCUACCGCCGGCCCGGCCCCGAACCACCGGAGCUCGCCGACCCAGGCCUCUACCACUACGUCCUCAUCUCCGACAACGUCAUCGCCGUCUCCACCGUCGUGAACUCCGCCAUCCGGAACGCAGCCGAGCCCUGGAAGCAUGUCUUCCACAUCGUGACCGACCCCAUGUACCUCGACGCGAUGCAGGUCUGGUUCACCCUUCGCCCGCCCGCAAGCGGCGCCCGGGUGGAGGUCAAGUCGGCGGCGGACUUCGGGUUCUUGAAUUCCUCCUACUCGCCGGUGAUGCGGCAGAUUGAAGGCGCGCGGCGGGAUUUGGCGCUGCUGGACAACCUGAGGUUCUACUUGCCGGAGAUGUACCCGAGGCUGCGGCGGGUGGUGUUCUUGGAGGACGACGUGGUGGUGCAGAAGGAUCUGGCGGGGCUGUGGAGGGUGGAUUUGGACGGGAAGGUGAACGGGGCGGUGGAGAUGUGCUUUGGGGGCUUCAGGAGGUACGGUAGGUACAUGAACUUCUCCCAUCCUGUGGUCCAGGAGCGGUUCAGCCCAAGGGCUUGCGCAUGGGCCUACGGGGUGAAUGUCUUUGAUCUCGACGCAUGGCGGAGGGAGAGGUGCACUGAGCAAUUCCACGAGUACCAGGAUUUGAAUGAAGAUGGAAUGCUCUGGAACCCAGGGACCGUGCUUCCAGCAGGAUUGAUGACGUUUUCCACAACCACUAAACCAUUAGACAAAUCAUGGCAUGUGAUGGGACUUGGUUACAAUCCAAGUAUUAGUCCAGAGAAAAUCCUCAAUGCUGCAGUCAUACACUUCAAUGGGAACAUGAAGCCAUGGCUCGAUGUUGCCUUGAACCAAUACAAGCAUCUAUGGACCAAGUAUGUAGAUACUGAAAUGCAAUUCCUCCCGCUCUGCAACUUUGGCCUCUAAUUUGGAACACGAGAACUUAAUCCACUUAAGGUUACCUACUAGAAAUCUCUUCUUAGAGCCAGUAGAGUGUGCCAGGCAAAAGUGCCUAUGCAUAAUCGCCUUUCUCUUUUCUAGUUUUAUGGAAAUUUGUUGUGACAGAAACCUUCGCCAAUAUCCCAUUUUGUUACUAGUUCUACCCUUUUCUUUUUAAA